GGGGGGAAAUUGAAGAAAAAAAGGGCACCCACUCUGUUCUGUUGGAUAGUCUGCAUCCCACGUACCAAUUUUGCAACUAAUCUCUCUUUCUUUAAUCAGGUGCUUCUUUCCAUAAUCACAAAACAUAUUGCAAUUUCGAUCUAAUACCAAUAUUCAAGCUUUGCAUAAAACCACUGUAAGUUGUCUAAAUCAUUCUCCAAAUCUCCUCAUUUGCCUACUUUUUUCUUUGAUUUGUUCAAGAUUUUGAAAAGGGUGUGAUUUUUGUUGUUGUUUGGAAAACAAUAAAUGGUUGUAUUGUAUAUAUCUCUUGUUGAUAGCAUGGUGGUGUUUUGUGUUAAAGUUUGAGUUUUUAUUGAUCAAGUGAAUCAAGAUUCAAAAGGGGUUAUACUGGAUUUGGUUAAAUGGUAAUUGGGCUGGUGGUUUCUUGGAUGUUUUUGUGGUAAAGUUUGAGUUUUUAUUGAUGAAGUGAAUCAAGAUUCAAAAGGGGUUCUAGUAGAUUUGGUUAAAUGAUAGUUUGUGUUAAAGUUUGAGUUUUUAUUGAUGAAGUGAAUCAAUAUUCAAAAGGGGUUCUACUGGAUUUGGUAAAAGUUGGGAUGGUGGUUUCUUGGAUUAUUUUGUGUUAAAGUUUGAGUUUUUAUUGAUUAAGUGAAUCAAGAUUGGAAAGGGGUUCUACUGGAUUUGGUAAUUGGUAGUUGGGCUAAUGGUUUCUUGGAGAUUUUGCUGAUGGAUUGUUUUGGUGUGUGAAGGAUCGAUAGUACUGAUUAGAAUGUGUUUUGAAGGUUGUUGCAUUGGUUAUUGGAAGUGGUGGAACCAAUAACUAGGACAAAUGAGUACUUUCGGUAGAAGUCUCUCUCAUAAACAGAGGGCAUUGACAGUUAGCAGCCCUAGACUGUUUGAUAAGUCGGUUAGCAGCCCUAGAUUUAGUAGGAAAAAUGAGGUUUCAAGACUUUUUCGUGUACUUAUAGCAAUUGGAUCUGUUGUUUCCUUUUUCUUGGCAAUUGGAGGAGGGUAUUUGUAUGUCCUACCCAAUCUUACAAAAUCAUUUCAUGAGGAGAAUCUUAUUAGUUUUAAUGGUUCGGAUAGUUUUUGUGACAUAUUUGAUGGAAAAUGGGUAGUUGAUAACAACUACCCCUUGUACAAUGCCUCAGAAUGCCCCUUUGUGGAGAAAGGAUUCAACUGUUUGGCAAAUGGUAGAACCAAUGAUGAUUAUCUUAAGUGGAGGUGGAAGCCAAGGAAUUGUGAACUCCCCAGGUUUAAUGUGUAUCAUAUGUUGGAAAUUCUCCGAAAUAAAAGAAUUGUUUUUGUUGGAGACUCAAUGAGUAGGACUCAAUGGGAGUCUUUGAUAUGCCUUCUAAUGACAGGGGUGCAAGAUAAGGGAAGUGUAUAUGAAGUAAAUGGGAAUAAGAUCACAAAAUUAAUUCGCUUUCUGGGAGUGAGGUUUAGUUCCUUCAAUUUCACCGUUGAAUUUUAUCGAUCUGUAUUCCUUGUCCAACAUACUUGGUCUUCCAAAUAUGGAAUAAAGAGAGUUAGAUCAACCCUUACGUUGGACAAGCUUGAUGAUAUCAGCGAUGAGUGGAUCAAUGCAGACGUCCUCAUAUUCAAUUCUGGACAGUGGUGGGUACCUGGGAAGCUUUUUGGAGUGGGGUGCUAUUUCCAAGUAAAUAGUACACUGAGGAUUGGAAUGUCAAUUCAGACGGCAUUCAGAACUGCCCUUGAGACUUGGUCAUCCUGGAUUGAUACCAAAAUUAACCCUAACAGGACGCGUGUUUUUUUCAGAACGUUUGAACCUUCUCAUUGGAGCAAUUUAACUCAGCGGAUGUGCAAUGUGACAAAUCAACCUCUUUCAGAGACUAAUGGUCAGGAGAGUAGCUCAUUUUCUGAUGCUGUACUAGAGGUGGCACACAGCAUGAAAGUUCCAGUUAAUGUGCUACACAUAACUCCCAUGUCCACGUACAGGAAAGAUGCACAUGUUGGUCUUUGGAGUGAUAAUCCAUCUCUAUCUGAUUGCAGCCACUGGUGUCUACCUGGACUUCCUGAUCUUUGGAAUGAAAUGGUCUUUUCAUACCUGCAUGAUAGCUAUCAACAUACGUCAUUGUAUCAACAAAGAGAACUUAAUAGCUUGGACUGAUGAUGUAUCAUAAGAAGGAACUCUACCAGCUUAUGUUUUUCUAUGGAGGUCUAUCAAUUUUGCAAAGCAAUUUUGAACAAAAAUGUAUAGUUACAGUGAGUUCUGUACCACGAAAUUGUUCCUUCUUUUUUUUUUUUUUGGUUCACUAAAUUUGUUGUAAGAGGGAAGGAGAAAAAUGUAUAUCAUUCCCAGAAUGUUCGUCUUGUUUAGUUUAAUAUUUGGAAAUAAUAUGUAAUGUAGUUUUCAAAAAAUUAUACACUAAUGAGAAGUUUCACAUCUC